AUGUCCACGCCGUUCCAAGACUUUAAGACGUUCUGCAAUAAAGUGGGCUUGGACUUCCAAUGGGCUAAUACACAGUCCCCCAAGCCUGCUCCCGAAACUAACCCUUCUGAAAUCCCUUCAGCUGUCAAUGAAACAAGACAAGAAAGUCCCAAAGAUUCUGUCAACUGCGUAUUUACUGAUAUCAAGAACGCACAGCUUUGGAACGUCUUCAAAAAGGGUGGCGUAAAUACUCUUCCCACUGAGCCGGCUCGAUCAAACACGUCUGAGACAAAUGCUAGUAAAACCGAUUGUGCUAUUCAUAAUGAUUUCGCCAUGAUGGAUGCAUCACCGNUAAAUCUUAACUUACUGGUCUUGUAA